GGCGCGCAUCGACGGGAGCUUCAGUAGCGCUUUUGGGCAUUGGAGCAGCUUCUCGUUUGCCCUCUGUGAUUUAGUCAUGGCAACUGCAAGAACCGUGAAGGACGUUUCGCCGCAUGAGUUCGUCAAGGCUUACUCCGCUCACCUCAAGCGCUCUGGCAAGAUGGAGCUUCCUGAGUGGACGGAUUUAGUUAAAACUGCAAGAUUUAAAGAACUUGCCCCAUAUGAUCCUGACUGGUAUUAUGUUAGAGCUGCCUCCAUGGCAAGAAAGAUCUACUUGAGAGGCGGUCUUGGUGUCGGUGCCUUUCAAAGAAUUUACGGUGGAAGCCAGAGGAAUGGAAGCCGCCCCCCACAUUUCUGCAAGAGCAGUGGAGCCAUUGCCAGACACAUUCUUCAGCAGUUGCAAGAGAUGGACAUUAUUGAGUUUGAUCCAAAAGGAGGUAGGAGAAUCACUUCAAGUGGUCGAAGGGAUCUUGACCAAGUUGCUGGGCGAAUUGUGGCUGCUCCUUGAAUUAGCAAUCUAUUAGCAUUGCCCGCCCUUUUUUUAAUUUUUUCCUGGUUCAUUGAGAUUUAUAGAUAAUGUCAAGACAUAAUUUAACGCAUUGAGCAGAGCAGUCUACUACUGGUUUUUUAAUUAGUUCUCAAGGAACGUUCUUUUAUGUUGUGAACGUGGAAGCCGUGUUGAUGCUUGUUGCAGCAAAAUUUCCUAUAUGUUCUCUUGGAACAUUCCUUUUUUGUCUUAUUGAAGAGAACUCUGAAUUGACAUACAUCAGCCUCGCCCGUAA